AUGACGAUGAUGCGUGCAAUGUUUGCAGAAAGCGAGUGAUAAAAGAGAUUUCUCAUAUAUAUAUGUACUACAUACACACGACGGAGACACUCUCUCGCUCUCCUCAUCUGGAAUCAAAGUCGACCACCCUUUUGUAGGACUGUCUCUGUCUCUUCGGUUCUUUUAGCCCUUUUGGAUUCGACAGAGUCGGCUUCGGUGUCUUUGUCGGUUCAGCCGCACACUCAGCAAUAUGGCUAGGCUCUUGGCUCAUUCUACUGUCUCCUCUUUAUUCGCUUCCCGGUGGAAUGUUCAGUCACAAGGAAGUGGAAAACCGAGAAGGUAUGUAAAGAUGAUGUAUAAUCUAGAAGCUCCUGGGUUGAGGAUACAGAGCUUCUCGGGUUUGAGGAGUUCCAAUUCGUUAGACUUUAUAGCGAGGUCUGGACAUGAUUUCCAUUCUAAGGUCAGACUUCAAACAUCAUCACGUAAAGGGAAGGCUUGCCGAUUUGUACCAAAAGCUAUGUUUGAGCGCUUUACUGAGAAAGCAAUCAAGGUCAUAAUGCUGGCUCAAGAGGAAGCUCAGAGACUUGGCCAUAACUUUGUCGGGACUGAGCAAAUACUGUUGGGUCUAAUUGGUGAAGGCACUGGCAUUGCUGCUAAGGUUCUCAAAUCGUUGGGAAUCAAUCUAAAAUAUGCCCGUGUGGAAGUUGAAAAGAUAAUUGGGAGGGGCAGUGGAUUUGUGGCUGUGGAGAUCCCAUUUACCCCUCGCGCAAAGCAUGUGCUGGAAUUGUCACUGGAGGAAGCCCGUCAGCUCGGGCAUAACUAUAUUGGGUCGGAGCAUCUUCUGCUCGGUCUUCUUUGCGAGGGAGAAGGUGUAGCUGCACGUGUCCUAGAGAAUUUGGGCGCAGACCCCGGUAACAUCCGGACGCAGGUUAUACGUAUGGUCGGAGAGAACAAUGAAGUAACUGCCAGUGUUGGUGGAGGAACCAGCAACAACAAGAUGCCAACUCUAGAAGAGUACGGAACUAACUUAACAAAAUUAGCAGAGGAGGGUAAAUUGGAUCCUGUUGUUGGAAGGCAGCGGCAGAUCGAACGUGUGGUCCAAAUCUUGGCCCGGAGAACCAAGAACAACCCUUGUCUUAUUGGAGAACCAGGUGUUGGGAAAACAGCAAUUGCUGAAGGACUGGCUCAACGAAUUGCCAGUGGCGAUGUUCCUGAAACAAUCGAAGGGAAGAAGGUCAUAACCCUCGAUAUGGGUCUUCUGGUGGCCGGGACAAAGUACCGUGGGGAAUUUGAGGAAAGAUUGAAAAAGCUCAUGGAGGAAAUAAGGCAGAGUGAUGACAUAAUUCUAUUUAUUGAUGAGGUACAUACGUUGAUCGGUGCAGGAGCAGCAGAAGGAGCCAUUGAUGCUGCUAAUAUCUUAAAGCCAGCUCUAGCAAGAGGUGAAUUACAGUGCAUUGGUGCAACAACCUUGGAUGAAUACCGAAAGCACAUCGAGAAAGACCCUGCCUUGGAAAGACGGUUUCAGCCCGUGAAAGUACCCGAACCAACUGUAGAUGAAACUAUCCAGAUCUUGCAUGGUCUCCGGGAACGGUAUGAGAUCCACCACAAGCUCCGCUACACUGAUGACGCCUUACUCGUGGCCGCUCAAUUGUCUCAUCAGUACAUCAGUGAUCGGUUUCUUCCCGACAAAGCAAUUGAUUUGAUCGAUGAAGCUGGGUCUCGGGUUCGGCUAAGACAUGCUCAGGUCCCCGAGGAAGCUAGAGAGCUUGAAAAAGAACUCAGGCAGAUCACGAAGGAGAAGAACGAAGCUGUUCGAGGCCAGGACUUCGAAAAGGCUGGUUCUCUGCGUGACCGGGAAAUCGAGCUCAGGGCUGAGAUAUCCGCUGUUCUCGCCAAAGGCAAGGAGAUGAGCAAAGCCGAGAGUGAGGCAGGAGAUGGAGGUCCUGUUGUCACAGAGUCCGACAUUCAACACAUUGUUGCUUCGUGGACGGGAAUCCCCGUCGAUAAAGUCUCGUCAGAUGAGUCUGACCGUCUGCUUCGGAUGGAGCAGACCCUUCACACACGGGUCAUUGGUCAAGACGAAGCCGUCAAAGCCAUUAGCCGUGCCAUCCGCCGUGCCCGUGUUGGACUCAAGAACCCGAACCGCCCCAUUGCUAGUUUCAUCUUCUCUGGUCCGACGGGUGUGGGGAAGUCGGAGCUUGCCAAGUCCUUGGCCGCUUACUACUUCGGUUCUGAGGAAGCUAUGAUCCGUCUCGACAUGAGCGAGUUCAUGGAACGACACACAGUCUCGAAACUUAUCGGGUCACCGCCAGGUUACGUCGGGUACACGGAGGGAGGUCAGUUGACGGAGGCCGUCAGGCGCAAGCCUUACACUCUCGUUCUCUUUGACGAAAUUGAGAAGGCGCAUCCCGAUGUCUUCAACAUGAUGCUCCAGAUCCUCGAGGACGGGAGACUAACCGACAGCAAAGGAAGAACUGUGGAUUUCAAGAACACGCUUCUGAUAAUGACGUCAAAUGUCGGAAGCAGCGUGAUCGAGAAAGGCGGACGGAGAAUUGGGUUCGAUCUAGACUCGGACGAAAAGGACAGCAGCUACAACAGAAUCAAGAGCUUAGUGACGGAAGAGCUGAAACAGUACUUCAGACCAGAGUUCUUGAACAGGUUGGACGAGAUGAUCGUGUUCAGACAGCUGACGAAGCUGGAAGUGAAAGAGAUCGCCGAUAUAAUGCUGAGAGAAGUGGUGGUGAGGCUGAAGGAGAAAGAGAUGGAGCUUCAGGUGACGGAGAGGUUCAGAGAGAGAGUGGUGGAGGAAGGUUACAACCCGAGCUAUGGAGCUCGGCCGCUGAGACGAGCCAUCAUGAGGCUGUUGGAGGACAGUAUGGCCGAGAAGAUGCUCGCCAGAGAGAUUAAGGAAGGAGAUUCCGUCAUUGUUGAUGUUGACUCUGACGGAAAUGUGAUCGUUCUCAACGGAAACAAUGGCAGAGCCGGCGCCAUUCCUGAAACUGCCGUGGAAGAUCCGAUUCCGGUGAGUUGAGCCUCUUUCGUGGUUUUCUCUACUUUCCUUCUUUGGUUUCUGGACAUCGAUUCAUCUGUUCUCUUGGAAGAUGAUUUAGCGAUUUUCACCGGUUUAAUUUUGCCGGUUGACCUUCAAUGCUGUCAUUAGAUGGGGGUUAAUUUCA